UGGCGGGGGGCGGCGGCAGGUGAGGCGGAGUCACUGGAGACACGGGCUCCGCCCCGGAGGCGGCCCGGCCCCGAGGGGGCUGCGUUGCGCUGCCCUGCCGGAGCAGCAGCCUCCGCAACUGGGCGCGGGGCUGCCGGUGGCGGCAGCGCCUCAGGUGACAGCCCAGGUGGGCGGGAGGGGGCCGGCCGGCGGGCAGCUGCCUUGCCACUGCGCCGAGCCGGCUCUGGCACCGGAGCGGCCCGCGGCCAAGCGCUGGCUCCCCGCGUGUCUCUCUGGCGUCUCACGGCAGCUCUCGCGGGGGAGGAAGAAGGCGCGCCCGGGGCGCCGAGGGGCUGAACUUUGGAGCCUCUGCUCCUGAUGGGGCCGGUCCCGAGGAGGCGGAGGAGGCGGCGCUGUUGCCGCCGCUGCCCUGUGUGAGGCGAGCUCGCUCCCGCUGGGGCGGCCCGGUGGAGAAACUCCGCUCAGGUCCGCACCCUCCGCUAGUGCUGCUGCUGCCGCCGCCGCCGCCGCCCGGGAGGCGCGGCGCGGCGCGGGACCGACUCUGCGAGGGGAAGCCCCGAGCGCUGCCCGGCCAUGGAGCAGGGCGAAGGAGGCGCGCUGGAGCCUGGGGCCGGCAUUCCCAGGGUUGAUCCAUAUGGAUUUGAAAGGCCAGAAGACUUUGAUUAUGUGUCAUAUGAAGAAUUCUUUUCUAGAUAUCUGGUGAUACUCACUAGAAGAGCAAUAAAAUGGUCAAAGCUUCUAAAGGGGAAUAAUGGGGUACAGAAAAGUUUAAAAGUGAAGAGAUAUAUCAGGAAAGGCAUUCCCAAUGAGCAUCGUGCACUGAUAUGGAUGAUUGUAAGUGGAGCCCAGGCCAAGAUGGAACAAAACCCUGGAUACUAUAAUAAACUACUUGAGGGAGAGAAAAGUGACACGCUGGUGGAAGCAAUCAAGACAGACAUGAACAGAACAUUUCCAGAUAAUGUACAAUUCCGCAAAACUGCUGAUCCCUGUUUACAGCAGACACUCUACAAUGUAUUAGUAGCGUAUGGGCACCAUAAUAAAACAGUGGGAUACUGCCAGGGCAUGAAUUUCAUAGCUGGAUACCUGAUUCUUAUUACAAAGAAUGAAGAGGAAUCCUUUUGGUUGUUAGAUGCUCUAAUUGGACGAAUAUUGCCUGAUUAUUAUAGCCCAGAAAUGAUGGGGUUGAAGACCGAUCAGGAAGUCCUUGGAGAACUUGUGAGAAAGAAAGUUCCAGCAGUGGCAGAGUUAAUAGAUCGACAUGGUGUCAUGUGGACUCUGAUAGUGUCACGCUGGUUUAUAUGCUUGUUUAUUGACAUUCUUCCAGUAGAAACUGUUCUCCGAAUUUGGGACUGUUUAUUCUAUGAGGGAUCAAAAAUCAUCUUUCGUGUGGCCUUAGCAUUAAUUAAGCAACACCAAGCUUUUAUUUUGGAGGCCACAAAUCUCCCUGACAUUUGUGAUAAGUUUAAGCAGAUCACCAGAGGGACGUUUGUAACAGAGUGCCACAGCUUUAUGCAGGGCUGGAGUCGAUGGUGCUGGCACCAAAGUUCUCGGCACUGGGUGCUCCUCCCUGGGACGAACCCCAUUGGCUGGCUCCGAAGGGGUGGGUCUCGGAGUCGGGGAUCCGCUCCUUCCCUGCUUGUGGUGCCGCUUCUGCACCAGGGAAUGGGACCGGUGCUGGGCUGUUCCCGCGGGUCUCUCCCACAGUCCUUCCGUGGUGCUGUUUCUACCUCUGCUGCCGGGGCACUGCGCACCGAUGAGCUGGGUGCCGGGUCUUGCUGCGCCGGUGUGGGUUGCAGUCUAAGUGCCGCCUCUAUAAGAAGCUGCUUGAGGUGACAGUCUCACUCCUUUUUUGUUCUGGGGGGAAACCCUUUACAAAUCCUGCACUUGUCCGCUUGGUGUGCUUCCCCCAGGCACUUUAUAUAAGCGUCGUGGCGGUCCUCGUCGGCAUGUUCCAGGACUUGCAUGGUUUGAACCCCUGGGGCUUAGGCAUACCCCGAGUCCCCAAGGGGAGACCAUGGGUUGGGGUGGAGGGGAAAACCCCACUCCCAACAGCUACCUGUUGUAACAACAGAAAACUACUUAAACUAAACUUAACUCGACUGGCGAUAACUCUAAACUGAAAGGCUAGAGAAACAAGGAGAGCUUGCUAUGCAAGUCACUGGAGUUCCAACGAUCGUCACUUGCAGUAAGAAAGAAUUGAAGAGGCGCCGGGUCAGCAGGGUCAUAUAUUGAGCGCCACGGAGGCGCCAUUCCAGGGGGCUCCACAGCUGACCCGAUGGAUGCUGCUAGGCGGAAAACUUUCGAACGACUGUGCAUGUGGCAUGUGCGCUCCUAAUUGGAAUUGAUAUGAACAAUCAUUCGAAGAAUAAUAAUGGCUUAUUCUACCAGAGCUCAGUUUGCUUCUUCAGCCUUCCUGAGUAAUUACAGGCAUCUGCAUAUCAGCAACAUGGUUGUCUUUGGACUCUUUUUCAAGACGUUAUCCCAUCAUUUGAGCCUCCUGAGACAAUGCCAGCUUUGGCAAGUUAGUGCCGCAGUCUCUCUUCCAAUGAUCUGAAAUCCCACCAGCUGUUUAGGUGACUUU